CUUUCCACAUUUCUCUUUUUUAAGUGCGUACUCGAUUUUUGCGCUACCCAUGGAGGUUGGUAGAGAUCAUCGUGAGUUCGACUGUGACUCUCCUUUUGUUGAGGAGGGUUUGAAUGAAGCUACAAAAACACCCAAAAGUACCGGAAACAACGACAUGAGUGUAAUCCAAGAAAACGUUGGCUGCUGUAUGACAACUUCAACUUGUAUAACUCAGCAUGAAGAAAAGAAAAAUAAUGAAGAUGGAAUAUUGCGCAAACUUGGAAGACGAAGUUUUGAGAAGAAAAUGGAACCACCAAGUGGGAAAAUGAUUCACAAAACAGAGUCAUUUGGCUCCCACCUACUAAUCAAUAUGGAUGAAGUUAUUAGCAAUACUGUUACUGAAAGCUUUGACAAGAGAGGUUCCAUAUUAAGCAGGACUUCUAGCACUGGCUUGGGCAAUUCUUUCUCUCUUGCUGAAGGAGACAUCUCAGACAAUAUUGCCUUGAGAGUGCAGAGUCCAAAACGCACUAAGUCUAUGUCAACUGAAGAAGGAGGUCCAGAUGCAGACAAAGGGAGAAAACUCCAUGUGGAACCCAGCUUACCAAUUUAUCUCAAGUUCCAAGAUGUCAAGCAUAAGGUUGCUGCUGCAAAGGGUAUGAAAAGCUCAAAUGCAGAGUACAUACUGCAUGGAAUCACUGGCUCAGUGCUUCCAGGAGAGGUUCUUGCUCUAAUGGGACCUUCUGGAGGAGGCAAAACCACUUUGCUGAAUCUCCUCAGUGGAAGAGUAAAACUCAAAACUGGUACCAUCACUUACAAUGACCAACCAUACACCAAGUUUCUCAAACAGAGGAUUGGAUUUGUAAUGCAAGAUGAUCUUCUGUUCUCCCAUCUUACAGUCAAAGAAACUCUAACUUAUGCUGCUCUACUCCGUCUUCCACUUACCUUAACCAGAAAUCAGAAAAAAGAAAGGGCCAUGAAUGUGAUUAAUGAGCUAGGCCUCGAAAGGUGCCAGGAUACACUUAUUGGUGGCCCAUUUGUUAAAGGAGUUUCUGGUGGUGAGAGGAAAAGAGUGUGCAUUGGAAAUGAAAUCCUGCUCAAUCCAUCACUUCUGUUCUUAGACGAACCAACUUCCGGUCUUGAUUCAACCGCAGCACUUCGAAUACUUCAGAUGCUCCACAUUAUUGCAAAGGCUGGCAAGACAGUGGUGACUACAAUACAUCAACCGUCUAGUAGAAUAUUUAACAAGUUUGAUAAACUCAUCCUCUUGGGUAGAGGAAGCUCCUUGUACUUUGGAAAAGCCUCUGAAUCGAUGACAUACUUCUCCUCAAUCGGUUGUGCACCGCUUAUAGCUAUGAACCCCGCAGAGUUUCUCGUUGAUCUUGCAAAUGGUAACACAAAUGACAAAUCACUUCCAACAGAACUGGAGGAUGAAAGGCCUUCCGCGGUUGAUGUCCACGAGUUUCUGGUAGAGGCCAAUCAAGUCAGACUUGCAGAAAUGAAAAAAACAAAGCUCCUAAGUUCUGUGCAGACAGAGGGGGAGAAUAUGUUGCAAGGCAAGGGGAUGAGAUACUUGAGGGAAUCAAAUGCAACUUGGUGCGAACAGUUUUCAAUUCUUUUUAGGAGGGGCCUUAGGGAGAGACGCCACGAAUACUUAAGUUGUUUGCGUGUAUUUCAAGUUGUCUCAACUGCUAUAAUAAUAGGACUCCUAUGGUGGCAGUCUGAUACUUCUUCCCGAAGACAGCUUCAAGAUCAGGCAGGAUUGUUAUUCUUCAUUUCAGUAUUUUGGACCUUCUUCCCUUUAUUCACUGCAGUUUUCACAUUUCCGCAAGAAAGAGCAAUACUUGCUAAAGAGAGAUCAGUGGAGAUGUACAAACUCAGUGCAUACUUUUUAGCUAGAAACACUAGUGAUGUUCCUCUGGAUCUCCUGCUGCCGUUAGCCUUCCUCGUCAUUGUUUACUUAAUGACAGGCUUGAAGCUGACCUUUACUGCAUUUAUCCAAACAAUGCUAACAAUUUUCCUCAGCAUCGUCGCCUCUCAGGGUCUUGGAUUGACCAUAGGUGCAGCAUUUGUCGAUGUGAAAAAGGCAUCAACGCUAGCUUCCAUCGUCGUUAUGACCUUUAUGUUAUCUGGUGGAUUCUUUAUCAAGAAAGUUCCAUCAAAUGUUUCGUGGAUACGCUAUAUCUCGUUCAACUACCACACUUACAGGCUACUCCUGAAAAUUCAGUAUGGUUGCCCAUCAGGUUCAGGUACCUCUGGAAAUGAAACAUGUGAGUCUCAAUUAAUCAAAGAAUUAAGACUGGAUUCAGGUGUGAUGGAAGUUGGAGCUAUGAUUGUGAUGAUCAUUGGGUACAGGUUACUAGCCUAUUUAUUUCUCAGGGCAAUGAAAUUCAGGACUAUGAUAUAGUCUCCCAUUCUAGACGAUAUCUACUUGAAAAAUUAGAUUCUCCGAAUGUUUCUGUCCACGGAAGAAAGUUCCAUUGCUAAUAUGUUCCAUUCAAUAUAAAAGUAUUAGUUGAGUUUCGUUCCAAAAAUAAAAAAUAAAACUGUCAGCUUGCAUGUAGUUUAAGUGUCUUCUCGACAUUUGAGGCCAUGUGAGUACUUUGUCCUUCCAAUAAACUAGGAACUAAGUUAUUAUCUUCAAGUUUGCUCAUGUUGAAGAAUCUGAUUCAGAAAAGGAGAAUUAUUUUAUGAAUUAUGUAUUUCAAUUUCCAGUUCUCGUUUUGUAUUAUGGACAAUAAGAUACUUUAAUUGAUGUUUUUAUUUUAUUAAUUAUGAUUUAAAAUUUCUGAA